ACUAGGGUUUUACCAUAUUUAUACAGCUUUGUUCUCUUCCCAUAUUUUUCUCCCUCUCUUUUACUCGCCGUCGUGUCCUCCUCAGCAGCACUUGAAACCCAAAAGAUGCCGAAGCAAAUCCACGAGAUCAAGGAUUUCCUUCUCACAGCCAGAAGGAAGGAUGCACGAACUGUCAAGAUUAAGAAGAACAAGGAUAUGGUCAAGUUCAAGGUUCGUUGCUCCAAGUACCUUUACACACUCUGUGUGUCCGACUUUGAGAAGGCUGACAAGUUGAAGCAAUCACUUCCUCCAGGUCUGAGCGUUCAAGACCUGUGAACAAGGAUUUAUGCUAUUCAUAGAGUUAUUAGGCAAGGGAGAAUAUGAAAGAACUCGUAUCUUUGCUUUCUGUUGAAUGUCUUGCCCUCUGGCAUGUCUGCAGACUGAAAUUUUAAGCUUUUAGAUAUUGAUUAUUGCAUUACUUUUUACUCAUAUUGACAGUCAUGUGAUCCUUAAUGGUGCCUAAUGAAUAUCAAUUGUUAGAGCCAAAGUUAAUGUUUCA